AUGGCUGUGACUGGCUAUUUCGCUAUUCGUCCACACCAGUACGACCUCGAACCCUUGCCAUGCCUCCAUGCCCCCAUCUUCAGGGAGAGCAUGCUCAGGAGCAUUCGUGACUUGUUGGUGCGGGAAGGGCGCAAGCUUCAGUUCCAGCUGAGCGGCGCCGAAACUCCACGAGCUUCUGCCCGCCCCCUGGGUGCUCCUCCGAAUUGGAAAUCGGAUGGCUUUAUGGUACUCGCCUUGCACAUCGAUGACUUCCAGCAGGCGUUCCGACAAGGCCUUGUCAGUCAAGUUGGCGGCGGCGGAUUUACCAUGAAGGCGCUGGACCUUCGCAGCUUUGGGGAUGGGCAUUCCGGCUGCAAGUGCUCACUCAACAUCCUCUCAGUGAAGCUGCGCACUGAGAAGGUGCAGACUGGCGAUGAGGAGCAGAACGUCGAUUUGCAGAGCGCCAAGUGGAAAAUGAUGACCUCGGACGCCGAAGGUGUUGACAAGCUGGUUUUCAAAAACUUGUGUACCUCCCGGACCUUCACUGGUAAACAGCGUGAUGCGUUGCAGGGGUGUCGCUGCUUUUUCGGCUCCAUCGAUGACGCGAUGAUUCUCUCUUUCCUCGCCACCCUGGGCGAGCGGGAUCAGUUCACAAUCUCUGUGCACACGCCCCUGGACAUCGGCAAUGUGACCUACAUCCCCAGUCGUACCAGCCCACUUGCUGACCAUUGGGUGCUGGCUGAUGGUGUGCCGUUUCCAGAGCCAGCUUGCAAGAUGGCUUAUAAGAUGGACGCAGUGGUUCUGAAAAGCCAGCCUUUGCAGCAAGUGAGGCAGCAGAUGAAGGAGAUCAAUGUCAAACAGGAGCUAUCGGCAGUGAAUGUCGAGAUCCAGGGUUUGGAGCAAGACCUCGUGUGGCUCCGCUCCAAGCAAGCUACCUUGCAAGCAGAGUUGGCGCAGGAGGAUCCUUCGAAGGAGGGCCCGCAUCAUCCUGAGCAGGGUGACGCAGAGGCCCCGGCUGAGGCUCCGAAGACAGGCAAAUUUGAGACACCUGAGAAGCAUGCUGCCAGAUCUUCGACUGAGCCUGAGGAUGCGCUGUGCCAGAAGCGUGCAAAGCUGGGAUCUGACCAGUGA